CCAGCUCUCCCAUAUUUCUCCUAGCUCUGAAAUCUCUCUACCAAUGGCUCGUGGACAACGUAACCGCCCUUCUCCACUAAAAGUCCCACCAUUUUCCUCUUCAUCGGAGGAAGCGCCGACCGACUCCGGUUCCGAGUCCGCCACCGAGCAGCCCGACAACACUACUACUGUGGUGGUCACUCCCCACAAGAACUCCAAGCCUGAUCAGAAGAAGAAGACGGAAGCUUCCCCAUCAAAGCCCCCCAUGCAGCAGGAAGCCCCCAAAAGUACUAGGUCAAGGUUCGCUGCAGAACCCGGCACCAAGUGUGUAUCAGAGCCUGAUCUGCACGCCAGGAAAAGGAAGAGAGAUCAGGAAGAAAAGGAGAGAAGAGGAAAGAAGAGGAAAGAAGAGAGAGAAGAAGAAGGUUAUUGUACCUCCUCCUGCUCUGUAAACUCAAAACAGGUUGCAAUCAGAAGGCAUGAAAUGGGUUCUGCCGCUGACCCAGAUGCGUUGGAUGUCGCCGAAGUUCGAAUACAUCAAUUAUGUCUUGCGAAGUCACUGCCUAGGAAAUUCUAUGUUAUGGCUGUUGAUUUUUUGACGGGAAACUUGCGUGAGUGCUCAUGGGUUUCAGGGCUGGACGAUUUAGAAAUUGCUGAAUGGCUGAGGUACCGAGUGCAACAUUUGUUGCCUAAUGGGCUUCCAAAAAUCAAUCAUUGGUUCGCUGAAAAUUUUAAGUAAGGGUAACUGCAUUUCUGUUAGUUCCUCUGUGCGAACAAAUUUUAAUUCCAGAACAUUGUUAUUUCUGUUCUUAAUUUGUAUGAGCAAAUUAUGUUUGAAUGUGGUGGGGCAUUUUAAUUUCUGCAUUUUCUUG